UCUCGAGAAGCAUGGCCGCUCUAGUCCAUUCUUUAUCUCCUUUGUUGAGAAAAGGGAUAGAGAACUUUACUAGACGGUAGUUAAUGUCGGAGGAGGAAGCUUCUUUUUUUUCGGUAUGCCGCUCCGCGAGCAAGGAGCGCCGCGAGCAGAGCGAGAGAACGAAGUGGGCUUUGGUGAUGUCGGAAUUUGCACCUAUUUUUAUCUAUUUAGUGAUGAGUCCGCUAGUUUCUUUGAUCCUACUUGGUGUUCCUUUUCCAUUUGCUUCCAAUAGUUCGACCUAUCCAGAAAAAUUGUCGGCCCACGAAUGUGGUUCCGAUCCCUCCGGUGAUGCCAGAAGUCGUUUCGAUAUACGAUUUUAUCCGGUUUCUAUUUUAUUUAUUAUCCCUGAUCCGGAAGUCACCUUUUCUUCUCCUUGGGCAGUACCUCCCAACAAGAUUGAUCCGUUUGGAUCUUGGUCCAUGAUGGCCUUUUUAUUGAUUUUGACGAUUGGAUCUCUCUAUGAAUGGAAAAGGGGUGCUUCGGAUCGGGAGUAACCACUAGUGAUAGGGCAAA